AUGGCGUACUUAAAGUCGGAUUGCGAGUUCUUCGUCGAGGUCGACGAACCCCAACCAUCACGCGCACACACCAGAGACGCCGCCAAGAUGUUGGCACGCAAUCGACAAGAAAUGAUUGGUAAUGAGCUCUCACGGCUCGCUGGAGACGAGUAUCUGGAGGAUAUCAUGCUGCACACAAGGCACAUGGAGGACGAGACGUUACCCGACGCCAACCUAAUUGACAUGCAGCGCGAGAUCCAGUGGUUCAUGCGACCGUACUUAAUUGACUUCCUCAUCGAGGCACAUGCCGCGUUCGCGCUCCUACCGGAGACGCUCUUCCUCACGGUCAACCUCCUGGAUCGCUACUGCUCAAAGCGGGUCGUGUAUAAGCAACACUACCAACUUGUUGGAUGUGCCGCGCUUCUUAUUGCCGCCAAGUAUGGUGACAAGAAGGAUCGUGUGCCCCAAAUCAACGAGCUGAACAACAUGUGCUGUGGACUAUACGACUCGGGCAUGUUCACGCAAAUGGAAAUGCACGUUCUCAACACUCUCGAGUGGGCAAUCGGACACCCGACAGUCGACUUCUUCGGCCAGCUCAUCGUUGCCGAAGAGUCGGACGACCGGGAAGUCGAGCACAUGGCCGCCUACCUCUCCGAGAUCGCAUUAUACCAUCGGGAUUUCGUUUCAACCAAGCCGUCAAUCAUGGCAAGAGCCUCGCUGGCCCUUGCCCGAGCGAUACUAGGCCGCCCCGAAGUCAACGACGGUGAAUGGGAUCACACGGACAACGUUACGCUACUUACGCUGUCUCAACACCUUCACCAGCCCUCUGUGACGCUGGCAAGGAAGUACUCGUCGCCGCAUCUCUCGAGGGCGUCGACGAAGCUUUCGGAUUUUCUUGCGCAACAGGCAGCCAUCAACCGACGAGCAGGACCGCCCUCGCCCCCUACGGAGCCCACCCUGACGUCCAAGUCGAGCAGCAUCUACAGCACCCCCUCAAAAAGGCACGGCGCUUCCCUGGGUGUAGCUGAGGGCUAUCUGACCCCUCCCAUCACUCCCGACGGGGUCUGCUUUGGAGGGGCGGACCCGAUGAACAAAUAUGCGCCUCGCUGUCCCGUCACACCUACGCCCACAACGAACCAAAUAACUUCAUACCCGUCUCAAUCACAACAAAUGGAGCAAUACCCGGCAUACUCCCACGAAGAGUAUAGUACGCAGAUGUCACACUGA